AUGGAGAUCAAGCCAAGCUCUGAGCCUUUCUGGUUCAACUCUGUGAUCUUUGUAUUGACUCACCUUAAGGGAAGUGCUUUUGUAUGGUUUGAGCCCUACCUUAUGGACUAUUUUGGUAAUGGUUCAGGGGCUAAGGCCAAGAUCAAGCUGCUAAUGAACUCCUUCUUCGAGUUUGAGAAGGAAAUCAAGACUAUGUUUGGGGACUCUAAUGACGAAUAUGCCGCAGCCUGA